UGCGCCCACACCAGCGUUUUGGGUCUCGCUAGUUUAUUGUUCAUAAAAAAAAUGUGUUAGUUUGCCUGGUAGUGUUUUUUCGUCGGUGACUAUCAAAAAACAAAGAUGACGGAAGAGUCUGCUGUGAAGGUUUGUGUUCGAGUCCGUCCGCUUAUCGCGAGGGAAGAGAGUGCUGCAUCGGAGAAUGCAGAGCCUCCCCAGCUGUUUUGGAAAAGUGAUAAGAAAUCAAUUCAUCAGAUCGAUGAUGGGAAUUCCACCAAGAGCUUUAGUUUUGACCGAGUGUUCAUUGCUGAAGAAACAACAAAUCAGCUGUACCAAGACAUUGCAAAGCCUCUGGUUGUUUCCACUGUCGAGGGAUACAAUGGAACCAUAUUUGCUUAUGGGCAGACUUCCUCUGGAAAGACUUUCACUAUGAUGGGGAGUGACCAAACUCCCGGAGUGAUACCUCUGGCUGUGGAGGAUGUCUUCCAAACCAUUAAAAAUUUUCCAAAGAAGGAGUUCCUUCUCAGGGUGUCUUACAUGGAAAUCUACAACGAGACAGUGACUGAUCUGCUUGUCGACAGCUGGAAAAGAAGACCACUGGAAGUCCGAGAGACAAUCAAUAAAAACAUCUAUGUGGCUGACCUGACUGAGGAAAUGGUUGUAUCUUCAGCACAAGCCCUAGCCUGGAUUCGGAAAGGAGAAAAGAACCGCCACUAUGGAAAAACAAAAAUGAACCAGCGGAGCAGCCGCUCACACACCAUUUUCCGAAUGAUCCUGGAGAGUCGUGAAAGGAGCGAUCCAGCAUCAGGUGAAAAUGUGGAUGGAGCCAUUCUUGUGUCUCAUUUGAAUUUAGUUGAUCUAGCUGGAUCUGAGAGAGCAAGUCAAACAGGAGCUGAAGGUGCACGUUUGAAAGAAGGUUGCAAUAUCAAUCGCAGUCUGUUCACACUCGGCCAAGUGAUCAAGAAAGUGACUGAUGAAAGCCAGAAGGGUUUCACCAACUACAGAGACAGUAAACUAACCCGCAUCCUGCAGAACUCUCUUGGCGGGAACGCUAAAACAGUCAUCAUCUGUACCAUCACUCCUGUUGCUCUAGAUGAGACACUCAGCACUCUGCAGUUUGCCAGCACUGCAAAAAAAAUGAAGAAUGACCCCCAUGUGACAGAGGUGUCUGAUGAUGGGGCUCUGCUCAAAAGGUAUCGCAAUGAAAUCGUAGACCUCAAGCGACGACUUCAAGAGGUUUCUUCAAUCACACAGACCACCGCAACUGAGAAGGAGGUGCUCUCCCAGCUGCUCCAAGAGAGGGAGCAGCUCCAGAGAGAACAACAGGACAGGAUCAGAAACCUGACCAAACUGAUCGUCACCAGCUCCAACCUGGUUCCCGUUAAAAAGAUGCCUAAGCGCAGAGUUACGUGGGGAGGAAAGAUGCUCAGACUUUCCAAUCUGCCUGACUCUGAUGGUGGUCCAUCAGACCUCAGCUUUGCAGGGUCUUUUGCUCAGAAGAGGAAAGCUGACCACUCCUGUCUGACGGAGCUGGCUGAAGAUGAGGAGAUCUUUUACUCUCACUGGGAGAUUCCUGACGAGUCAGAUGACAUGGAGAUGAGUCGGAGCUCUGUGACUACUCAAAGCUUUGGCGACAGUCCCAAAGUCUGUGCGUGUCCAGAUCAGAUGCGAGAGCUUUCAGAGAAAGUGUCCGUCCUGGAGCUGAAGCUGGAAGCAGAGGCCCAGCAGAAGAUGGAGGCUGUGGAGCGGGCAGAGAUGUUCCAGUUGAGAACUGCAGACCUUGAGAGACAGCUGGAAGACCAGAGCCAUGCUCAGACUGAAAGUGAACAGAUAAAAAGAGAGUUUGCAGAAACCAUCCAGCUGUGUGAAACUCUAGCUUCAGAGAAGGAUGCGGUGAUUGCUGAGCGAGACUACAUGAAGCAGGAACUGGGCAUGUUCAUAGAGCAGACUGAGAUUCUGGAGACUGAGAAAGCUGCUCUGUCACAAGAGCUGGAGGAGAAGGGAAAGCUGGAUGAGUUCCAAUCUCUGGAGGAGGAGUGCAGGGUGGAGUUAGAGGACGAGUUCCGAAAUGAAAUCUCCAUCUUGAAGAAGACCAAUGAAUCCUUUGAACUGCAAUGCCAGAAGCUUCAGAACAAAAUAGAAACUCUCUCUGAGGAGCUAAAGAGGAAAACUGAAUUUGCAGAGGAACUUCAGAAUUUGGACAACAAGGACCUGGUGCAGGAGGUGGCCAAACUCCGUCGCUCUCUGGAUGAUGCAGAAGGAGUCAGCAGAGACACAAAGAAGGAUUGGGCUGUUCUGCGCAGUCAAAACAUCGCUCUGGAGGAAAUGAACGUCAACCUGACCGCCAACCACAACAAGAUGGAGGCUGAGGUGAACAGCCUGCGUUUCCAACUGGAGACGGAGAAGUCGCACUACAAAAAGAUGCAGAGCGACCUCCAAAAAGAACUGAACGUUGCGUUCGAUGAGAACACCAAGCUCAAUGCUCUGCUAGACGGCAAAGUCCCAAAAAGUCUGAUUGAUAAUGUGGAGCUUGAGCGGACUGUGGGCAAUCUGAAUAAAGAGCUGGCAGCAAGUCGCGAAACUGAGGCAGCUCACAGAGCAAAGCUGGAGGAGUUGGCCUCACUUCAGACUCUUCCAAAUAAGGUUUGUGAGUUGACCGAGGAGUUGUGUACUGUUAAAACUGAAAGGGACAGCCUGCUGUCAGCUCACUCUCAUUGUCAAGAGGAAGCUCAGCAGCUCAGAGGCUCCCUGCAGACGUCUCAGGAUGAGAUCCAGAAAAUGGAAGCAGACCGUAGAGCCGCUGCUCAGAGGGAGACGGAGCUGAGCCACCAGUGUGCUGAUGUGACGCAGCAGCUGGAUUCACUCCAGUCAGACCUGCAGCGCUUGGAUUCUGAGAAGAGCCAGCUCAUGGCUGUCAACGAAGAGAGAGCCUUGAAGCUGAGCCAGCUGGGUGAGGAGCUGGAGGCACUGCAGGCUGAGAGAGACGCUGUCCUGUCUGGAGCUCAGAGCUCUGCGGAGGAGACGGAGAAGCUUCUCUCUACUGUUACAUUAGUGACUGCAGAGAGAGACCAGCUCAGACUGGACCUGCAGCAAAACCAGGAGAUGGUGGAGCAACUGCAGGCUUCUCUCCAGGUCGUCAGUGAGCAGAAGAGCCAGUUGGAAAGUGAUCUGCAGCAAAAUAAGGAGAUGGCCACAGCUCUACAAGAGCAGAACCAAAGAAACCUUGACCUGGAGAGACAAAGCCAAGAGAGCCAAGCUCGGCUAGAACAAGAGUCUGCAGAGACUCAGUGUCUUCUACAUUCUCUUGAAGAGGACCUGCAACAGCAGAAGCAAAAGAACUCAGAUCUGGUGAAACUGUGUGAGCAGAAGGAAUCUGACUCACAGCAGCAGACAAAGACUCUAAUGGAGGAGCUUGAGAAGGUUCAAGCACAGAGAGACAAUCUGUUGUCUGAGAAGGAGAACAGCACUCAGAGCUCCUCAGAGGAGAUGGAGAAGCUGCUGUGCAGAGUGACGUCUCUCAGUGAGGAGAGAGAUCAGCUGCAGGAGACACUGGAGGGACUGAGACAGGAGAAGCAGCAGCUCAGAGCAGAGCUGGAGGACAGGAUGGAGAUGAUGCAGUGUGAGUCACAGCAACAUCUCAGCUCUGAGCCACUGUCGCUGAAAGAGGAGCAGGAGGCUCAACAGCUUGAACAGGUCCAACAGCUGGAAAAGCAGCUGGAGGAAAGGAAGGAAGAGGUGAGCCAGUUGAAGUCUGACCUCCAAGAGAAUGUAGAACUGAUGAUCGAGAACCAGGAGGAUCUGAGGGCAUCUCAGGAGAAGAUCAAAGUUCUCCAGAAUGAGAUCAGCAUGCUGAGGAGUCAGAAGGCAGAGCUGCAGAGCAGCCCACAAUGUGGGGGGGGUGCAGAGAGCACUCUCCAGAUACAAGCGCUUCAGAAUCAGAUUCAGAGUCUGACUGAGGAGUCUGAGCGUGUGCGGGCAGAGAGAGACAAUCUCCUAUCAGAGAGGACAGCCAGCACUCACCAGAAAGAAUCUGACUCGCAGCAGCAGACAAAGACUCUAAUGGAGGAGCUUGAGAAGGUUCAAGCACAGAGAGACAAUCUCCUAUCAGAGAGGACAGCCAGCACUCAGAGCUCCUCAGAGGAGAUGGAGAAGCUGCUGUGCAGAGUGACGUCUCUCAGUGAGGAGAGAGAUCAGCUGCAGGAGACACUGGAGGGACUGAGACAGGAGACGCAGCAGCUCAGAGCAGAGCUGGAGGACAGGAUGGAGAUGGUGGAGCAACUGCAGGCUUCUCUCCAGGUCGCCAGUGAGCAGAAGAGCCAGUUGGAAAGUGAUCUGCAGCAAAAUAAGGAGAUGGCCACAGCUCUACAAGAGCAGAACCAAAGAAACCUUGACCUGGAGAGACAAAGCCAAGAGAGCCAAGCUCGGCUAGAACAAGAGUCUGCAGAGACUCAGUGUCUUCUACAUUCUCUUGAAGAGGACCUGCAACAGCAGAAGCAAAAGAACUCAGAUCUGGUGAAACUGUGUGAGCAGAAGGAAUCUGACUCACAGCAGCAGACAAAAACUCUAAUGGAGGAGCUUGAGAAGGUUCAAGCACAGAGAGACAAUCUGCUGUCUGAGAAGGAGAACAGCACUCAGAGCUCCUCAGAGGAGAUGGAGAAGCUGCUGUGCAGAGUGACGUCUCUCAGUGAGGAGAGAGAUCAGCUGCAGGAGACACUGGAGGGACUGAGACAGGAGAAGCAGCAGUUCAGAGCAGAGCUGGAGGACAGGAUGGAGAUGGUACAGACUGAGAUGACACAGCUGAAUACAUCUUUACACAUCGUUACUGAGCAGAAGAAACAGCUUGAAGAUGAUCUGCAGCAAAAGGCUUCCACAACACAAAAUCUUCUGAAGUCAGUCCAAGAGGAACUGUGUGAACAGAAAAAGAUGAACUCUUACCUGCAGACGAUGUGUCAGGAGAAGGAGUGCUCUUCAGAUCAACAGAUAAAGACUCUAACAGAAAAGUUGCAGAACACUAAGGUAGAGAGAGACAAUCUCCUAUCAGAGAGGACAGCCAGCACUCAGAGCUCCUCAGAGGAGAUGGAGAAGCUGCUGUGCAGAGUGACGUCUCUCAGUGAGGAGAGAGAUCAGCUGCAGGAGACACUGGAGGGACUGAGACAGGAGAAGCAGCAGCUCAGAGCAGAGCUGGAGGACAGGAUGGAGAUGAUGUCAGACAUCUGUAAGGAACUGAGUGAGCAGCAGGAGUUGAACGUGCAGCAGCAGUCGGACAGAGAAAAACAAGAGGCCAGGCUGCAGCAGGAAGUGCAGCAGCUCAAGGAGCAACUCCAAGUGAACGGGGAGAGACGAACUCAGACUCAAGCUGAAGCUGAUGCCUUACAACAGUCGCUCAGUGAAGCCAACACGACCGUGUCUGCCCUCAGAGAGCAGCUGAGUAGUUUGGAUCAGGGCACCACCGGAGUCAAGGAGACGCUCUCAUCCAGGAUGCACAGCUCCACUGAGCAGCUUCAGGAGUCCUUCAGAGGUUUCCAGCACUUUAUUGACAACUGUUCCAGAUAUCAAUCCAUGCCCACGGUCCUGAGAGUGCAGUGUUCCCUGAAGCCGAACCAUCUGGCCUCUCUUCCAAAACCCACCAUGAAUUCCUAUAACGCUGUCUGUCACCUGGGACUACAGACUGUUCAGAGUCUGGGAAACAUUAUGGUUCACCUGCAGACACGAGCCCAGAGCUACAGGUGUCUGUUCGAGGAGUUGGUGAAGAAAGACCUGGCUGUGUUCGAGGAGAGGCGGCUGCUGGAUGUGCUGUUGUGCAGAGAGCACGCUCCCAGCUACUCUCUCAAAGACGAGGACUUUAACACACUGUGGCAGCACAGACUGACUGAGCUGCUGGACAAGAGGCAGCUCUACCAUCAGAAAAUGUCCGAUGUUCUGGAGAAGCUCUGGGUCAACAUGGCUUCUUAUCCCAGUGAGCUGUCUGCUGAGACCAGAGAGAGGGAGAGGUUCAAUGAGCAGCUGCAGGCCGCCUUCACCACCCAGCCAAUCAGCUUCAGCAGGCUCGACAACAUCCUGAGCUGUGAGCUGGAGCGCAGGUCUGCAGUGGUUCACAGCAAGAAGACCUCUCUGCAGGGCAUCAUCGGUGAACACAGUGGUGUCUUUGAAGAGCUGAAGCUGCUGGAGGCUCAGGCUUGUUCUCAGCUCACAGAGGAGAGGAGCAAAAGUUCCACACUGCUGAGGGCGCUGGAGGGAGCUCCUCUGAAGACAGAGCUCUUGCUGCUGAAGGACAACCAGCAACUUGUUCUUCAGCUCCAGAAAACGCAAGAACAAGUCAAAGCUCUGAGUUUACAGAAUGAGCAGUUGGAGGUGGCUCACAUCAAAGCCGACAACAGGGUGUCCAACCAUAAACAGGCCACCCAGCUGCUGCAGACAGAGCUGCAGGACACUCGUGCACAAGUUGAGGAGAGAGAGAACGCCAUCCAGACCCUCAGGAGCAAACUGCGAGAAUCUGAGAGAAAUGCAUCACCCAGUGCAGCUGAGCUGGAACGACUAAAAGCUAAACUGUUCAAAGUGGAGGUGGAAUUGAGUUCAGCAACUGAUAAACAUCAACAAGAGAUCCAGAGGAUGACCACAGUGCUGAACGAAAAGGAAGAUUCACUGAGGAAGCUGAAGGAGACCCUGAGGAGAUCACAGCAGCAAGGAGAGGAGUCAUUCCUGCAGGGCGAGGACCUUCAUGCUAAAUUGACCAACCCCAGAGGUUUGGUGAUCAAGAGCAGCAUUCAGCUGGAGAAGACCAAGCUGGAGGAGGAGGUGAAACAGCUCCGAGUGAAAAUCAUUGAGCUAGAAAGCUUGGUGUCCACACAGCAGGCAGAGAUCAGCAAAUGGAAGAGCAGAGCCAUCAAGCUAAAGGGGAAGGGCAAACCUGAAGUGGACAAGCCUUCAUCCCCCUGCACUCCCACCAAGAGGGGCUUUCUGACAACCUCAGACACCUCCAACUUCUUCAGCUCACCUAAGAGGCUUCUGGUUACUCCCAAGAAGCUGCUGGAAUCUCCCAAGAAGCUGCUGGACUCUCCAAAGGCCUCUCUGCUCAACUCCCCUAAAAGCAGAUUCUUUGACAUGGACGGGAGCUCUGAGAUCUUGUCCAGAACCUGUCCCAAGCAGUUCUUUGACAACUCCAGCCUCGGCACCGUUCCAGAGGUGUUCCAUGUUCCUGAUGCACCAACUGCAGUAGCUGCAGAGACGGAUGCAGCUGCAGCCAGAAAGGAGGAGUGGUGGCCUCAGUCCCCGAACCAAGAAGAAAUGUGUAAAACCCAGUAAAAUAAAUGAGUGCAAUAGUUUUAAAUGUCCCUUUUCACCGUCUUUGUCUUUCACUGUUUUCUGGUGUUUUGUCUUUUCAUUCUGUCUUACAUUUUGAUAAGUAAUAAAGAUUUUCUUGAUAAAGUUAUUGACUAUCUCAACAUUUCUGUCCAGUCACCUGAAACAUGAGGAAGGAUUUGUUGUCUUAGUUUUUGUACGAGGAAUGAAAGAAUAAUCCAUCAUAUUCAGGAAUAAUAUUGUGAACAUUUUUUUUUUUUACAAAAUAUAAACUCAUGUUUAUGGAAGGCCUAGUUCAGUCAAAAGAUGUCCAAGUCCAUGUUCUGUGUUGGAGGUGUGCGACCUGUACAAGUCCCAGGACUAAGACGUCCUCUAUAGGAAUGACUGAUCAAUCUGCUCUUACUCCAGUACCACGGUGACUUCACUGAACAUAUCUGAGCAGUGUUUGUAUCGAUAACAGAAUGUGCAGCUAAUGAACUGGGUGCGUUUGAUACUGUACUAAAUGUCAGAGAGGCGGAGUGAAACUGUACACAAGAUAACUGUGUAUAAGAGUGAAUGACUGAAAGAAGGAAGUGCUGCACGCUGCUUAGACAGGAGAGACGAGAGCAGGGUGAGUCCAGAGCUCUGUAAGCAAUCUCAAACUUAAAUGCUUGACUAUACUUUUAAUAAAUUAGACGUGUUGAACUUUA